AUGUUAUCCGGAGAGGAAGAUCCAGUUGAAGAAGAGGCUAAUAGAGGACAUUUGUCGUUACCCUCUACGUACCAUGAACUUUCAAACCGCCGAAAAGACAUUCUGUUGAAAUUACUAGCAGAAAGUGAAACAUUACAGAAAGUUUUCGAAACCGCGAAAUCGGCAGAUGUAAAUUUUGUAAAAGAAAAACAUUCCAAGUGGCUGAACUUGUAUGAAAAGUUCCCAGAAAUUAACAUUAGUUACCAGGCACUUUUGUCACCUGAUACAAUUAAAAUAGAUCAGAGUCAACUGAAGCACGAAAGGGACAGAUUUGAAAAUAAUAAACUGUCUAUAUAUUCUUGGUCCUCAAAUAAUAAUCCAGAUGACACGAGAUCCCGAAUUUCGCGUUUUUCUGAAAGGAGCAGCAGAAGCAAUAUGUCGGCAUUAUCUUCUUCCAAAUUGCGCGAAUCGACACGAAACGCUGAAAUUAUAGAGCGUCAAGCUGCCUUAGAAGAAGAAAAACUUAAGUUAAAGUUCAAGGAAGAACGGUUGAAAUUAAAAACUAAAAUUCACGUUAGUGAUGCAAAAUCAAAGGUUAUAGAAGAUCUUGAAAAGAGUAUGCUUUAUGACGAUGAAGUUGAGCACGACAUUAAAGUUACAAGGCAAAAGGAGAAAUAUGUACUUCCUGAAAGUCCAAUCAAAAUUGUGCAUGAAUCUGAAAAUGGGCUUCUUAAAAUGACGCAGGAACUGAACAAGCCUAAAGUAGAAAUUAUAAAAUUCACGGGAAAUCCAAUGGAGUAUAAACGAUUCGUCAGACAAUUUGAUGCGAAAGUGAAUAAAAACACUGACUCGUAUGAUGAAAAAAUGAACUACUUACUCCAGUUUACUACAGGUGAAGCCUAUAAGAUAGCCUUGGGAUAUUCAUAUCUAAACGAGAGAGUGGGAUAUAAUGCUACCAUGAAAGAAUUUGAGGAUCGCUAUGGAGACCCUGACAUUGUUGCCAAUAGUUACGUUAAAAAGGCAUUAGAAUGGCCUAUUGUAAAGGACGAUCCGAAGGCACUGGACUCGUACAGCAUAUUUUUAAUGGAGUGUCAGUAUGCAAUUGAAAACGUAGAUGCUGCACGUGUACUUGAAUAUCCAGAAAACAUUAAGUCAAUUGUGAAAAAAUUACCGUAUUCAUUACAAGAGAGGUGGAGAAAUACAGUUUACAACUUAAAAGAAAAUAGUAAAGCAGUCAAGUUUGAAAACUUAGUAAACUUUGUUCGCAGAGAGGCCAAAAAGGCAAACGACCCUCUAUACGGGAAGUCCGUAAUGUCUCAACAAGGUACCAGUUGUGCUGCAGCUAUUAACAAACAUCGUCCGCUUCAGCGAAAGGCAUUAGUAACAAAUACGCAAAUAAAUUCUAGUCCGACACCAAAAUGCGACUUCUGUGAAAGGGAUCACUGGAUAAGUUCGUGA